AUGUCGACCCCAGUGGGGCUCCUGCCUCCUCGGCCCCUCGGCAUUUCCAUCUUCAACUCUCUUCCAUUCCAAGACGCGACCAAUACCGUCUUCUCCACCUCGGCGCUGUCCUUUACCGGCCUCGACGGCUUCACCUCGGACUCAUUGUCGAUGUCACUGCCAGGAAACAUGUCGGCGCUGGGAGAGUCGUCUCGCCGGUCAAGCUCCCCGCCCAUGGUGCGCCCAGUGCAGCGAGCGUGCGACCAGUGUCAUACUCGUAAAGUCAAGGUGCGCGACGCAGUGUGA